ACGUCGAGUUGAUGCAAGCUGAUGUCAUGCAUGCAUCGUCCUUAUAACCAAGACGAAGCAGAGGAGAUAUCACUGUGAGCGCAAAGUUUCUGUGCAUCAUCUUGCUAAAGCUACGAAAGGAAGUUCAUCGUCAUAUUUUUGUGUGGUCGAACCAAAUUGGAAAAUGAUUGCCCGUCUUUUGAUUCCCAGCUUGUUGCUUUUGGCGUCUCCCUUUGGCGCCUUCGCCAUUGUGGCUCCCCAAGAGCGUGUGGUGAAGGAGUUGGUCUACCCUGUGACAAAACCUGCGACACCUGCUGUUACUGAAAGUGUUUCCCCAAUGGCAAUUUCUAAAAAGGCCGCUGUGGCCGCAGGAAUGAUGCUUGCUUUCAACAGUGGUUUCACCAAUGGUGCUUGCUUGGGAGGAGGUCUCUUGGCUGGGACCGACAAAUUUGCUGUUGCAGCUGUGACAGGAGCCUGGACUACUUCAGCUUUGGGUGCCGCCAGUGGAAACAUGGCCGCUUUCGCCACCAACGCAAAAGCAAUUCUCAGUUACGUAACUGGAUCUUGCAUUGCCGGCCUCAUGAUUCCUCGUCCCAAGACAUUUGUGUUGGACAAUGGAACUGGACCUACUUUUUUGAUUGGAUCUGCUCUGCUCUAUGCCGCCAGUCGAUUUGCUCAGUCAUCCCCUGGCACCAAGACAUGCUUCUUUUUGGCCCUCAUGGCAAACGGAUUGCAAAACAGUGUGACAUCUGUCCACACUGCCAACUUGUGCCGAUCGGCUCAUUUUUCGGGAAUCACGUCGGACAUUGGAACAUUUUUGGGACAAUGCCUGCGAGGAAACUUUGACAAUGCUUUCAAAUUGAAGGUUUUUGCUUUGUUGGGACUUUCCUUCUGGGUUGGAGGUUUCACUGCCUUCUUCGCGGCGAACAACUACACCACUUCUACUCUGUACUUCAGCGCAGCUCUCCACGCUUUCGUUGGUCUCAGUUUGCUCAUGAACAACAAAUAAAUAAUGAUGUGAGAUCUGAUGUUGAGCGCCCUGUGUUACUACCGUACAGGAAAUUGGCAAGAAACAACUUGAAACUGAUGCUAGCAAGUAGUACUGUUUUGAUUAAUUUAAAAGAAAAGAUGCAUUUACAU